GCCAGGGAGAGUGUGCAAGCCUAGUUGAUUGUCAACGUUUCCUCGAGAUGACGGUAGCUGCAAGAAAGGAACACGUAAGUGAAUGUAAACUGUGCCGAAAAUGUUUAAAAUCUCAUAAGGGAUGGUGCCAUCUUAAAACGCUCUGUGGUUUGAACGGCUGCGAGGCGAUGCAUCACAAGCUGCUUCAUGGGGCUUUGAGUACCAGUAACGCGCAGGAGAAGCACUGUUUAACGCAUUCCGGCUCAAAUGAUCGCACCUUGUUCCGGUAUGUCCCGGUAAUGAUACGUGGUAAAGACGGCAGAGUGGUUCACACGUUCGCGUUUCUCGACGAGGGAUCAUCGUCGACCUUCAUGGACCACAGUCUGAUGGAAGAGUUGGGUUUGAGUGGUAUGUCCCGGCCGUUGUGUCUCAAGUGGACAGGAGAUACAACCAAAGAUGAAAAGGCCUCCGUCCAAUUAGCGGUGCAGAUCUCUGGUGCGUACAAAGGGGCUCCCGUACACGACUUGGCUAAGGUGCACACCGUUACCAAUCUAGCGUUACCCUCACAGUCGAUUGAUAUGCAACAAUUGGAAGCAGUGUACCCACACCUGAAACGUUUGCAGCUAACUUCUUACACAAAUGCUGUACCUCGACUUCUAAUUGGUGUAGAUAACUGUAGAUUGGGUAAAUCUCUAAAAUGUAUAGAAGGAAGGAUGAACGAACCAAUUGCAUCAAAAACGCGCCUGGGCUGGAUUAUAUACGGACCGUGUCCGAUUGCAACCGCUAACGUGACUGGAGGUCACAGAAACUUUCAUAUUUGCAGUGUCGAGGGAAACAGCGAUGAUCUGCCGACGGCUGAGGUCAAGACUUAUCCCUCUCUGGAUUCGCUCGGUAUCACUAAACUUCCGCGUCAACUCAAAUUCAAGCACGAUGAACAGGCGUUGGCGAUACGUAGCGAGGAAACGAAGCUGCAGGGUGACAGGUUCGAAACAGGACAACGUUGGAAAUACGACGACAACCGCUUGCCGUGUAACAAAGCUGCCGCAUUGAAACGCCACGUGAUCCCGAAGUUGACCAAAACACCGGAUCUAACACCAAGUCGCUGGUUCAACGAGCCGAGUUUCCUAUGGGACCCAGAGUCGAACUGGCCGAUGUGGAAAAGGCUUCUGCGAGCAGUAGGAUAUGUGGUAAGAUUCAUUGCUAACGUCCGUCGUGCCAUGCGGAGACACAUCUUUUUAGGAGGAACACUAACGCAGAAGGAACGGGCGCAAGCUGAGUGUAUUCUGUUUAGCAGAAUACAAGCAGAUGUUUAUGCACGCGAGAUAUGUUGCCUGAAAAGGGAGCCACCCCGAUCGCAGCCAUGGAAGAGCGGAGUGGAGAAAAGCAGCCCGCUUUACAAACUUUCGCCGGUACUCGACGCGCACGAAGUAGUGAGGAUGCGAGGACGACUAUCCGGUACCUUGAAUGUCAGCGUAACACUCCGCCAAAGGGGAGUUAUAUUUACCUGUCUGACGUCCCGAGCGAUGCACCUGGAGAUGGCUCAUUCACUGACCGCGGCUUCCUGUAUCAUGGCGAUUCGACGUUUUGUUCGACGUGGAAAACCCUGGGAGAUGAUUUCGAAUUUCGUCGGUUCGGCACGGGAACUGGAAGAGGCACUUCAAACCGUUGAUGUCGACGCGCUGAUGGCUGAAUUUGCUGGCCUGGAUAUGAAGUGGAGCUUCAACCCGCCGGCUGCCACGCGGUUGUUCCGCUCUGUAAAGAAGGUUCUAGGUCAGUUCAAUUUACCACGGAACCCGACGGAUGAAGUCCUGAUGUCCGCGUUCACCGAAAUCGAGGUCGUCAUCAAUUCGAGACUACUGACAUACGUACUAUCGAAGCCGCCCGUCGUAUUUACCGAGGUUGGAGCCGUCGUGAAAUCAGCUUGGCGAGCCGAACAGCACUUCGCCGACUUAUUCUGGAAGAGGUGGAUAGCCGAAUAUCCUUCUAUGUUGACCCGUCGAUCGAAGUGGUUCGAAAACGUGCGGCCAAUCCAGCUGGGUGACACAGUAGUAGCAAUCGAUAACCGUUUACCGCGCAACAGUUGGCCAAAAGGUCGUGUGAUCGAGGUAGUUAGGGCCGAAGACGGUCAAGUGAGACAGGCGAGCGUUCGAACUCCUAGCGGCAUUUAUAAACGUCCUGCAACGAAACUAGAGUUAUUUAAAUAUCGACAGCAAAAUACUUACCGGUGAGGAGAGAGAUUAGUACGAUAGCAA